GUGGUGUAAUGCGCCGCUUGCCUCACAGAGCUACUGGUGGUCAGGGGGCUGCGAAUGUUAUCUGAUUUUCCAGAGAGGGGUUUGGAGCUGGACUAAAGAGCUCAGGGACAAUAACAGGAAGCGGCCAGAGGAACGGCUGGGCUGGGCUGAUCACUUUUGCCACUGGAGUGGCCUGAUUGUCCAGUGAGCAGCUCUGUUGAGCUCAGACAGGUUCACAUGCAGCUGGAAACAGAUACCGUUGACCUGAAAUUGAGGAUGAUAUAACUUGAUUUUCAAAUCAAAGGGGAUUUUCAAAUCAAGAACGACUGUUGAAGGGACCAAGACACCGAUAAUGAAACUGUCUGCCUGGAGGCAGAUGACUGAGCCUGGAUGCUGGGCAGGUAUCCUGGUCGUUUUAUGUACCCUCAGUAUGGGAGCUGAUGUCCAGCAAGCUCUGAAAACACCCUCCAUGCCGAGCACAGUACUCCAAAGACAUAAGAGAGAUUGGAAAUGGGAUAAACUUUAUGUGCAUGAGGAAGCACCUUCAUACAAACUACCUGAAAAAAUUGGAAAGCUGGAGAAUACACUUUUCUCUGAGUUCACGAGAUAUAAUCUCUCUGGAGAAGGUGCUAAUGGCAUUUUUUCUGUAAAUGACAAUGGGGAUAUCUUCGUCAAUGCAAAACUGGACCGGGAGAAGAAAAGUACCUACAAACUCUCAGCUUCAAUAAUCAACAUUAAAAACAGGAAGUUGAUGGACAAAGAUGAUACGUUUGUUAUAGUGGUCAUGGAUCUUAAUGACAAUAGCCCUGUUUUUCCACCUGACCUCUCUGGAUCUAUCAGCGAGUCCUCUAUAGCAGGAUCAAUAGUAAUGAGAGUAAAUGCGACUGAUGCUGAUGAUCCCACCACUCAAAAUGGAAUGAUUGAGUACAGACUGCUAAAUGGGACAGACCUCUUCAACAUCAACCAUAAAGGUGAAAUCAUUACAUUGAGAAGUGACCUAGACCGUGAGAAACAGAGUCAGUACAUAAUUGCUAUACAAGCCAAAGAUAUGCCAAGUGUUAGUGCUGGGAAUUCUGCUACUACCAUUGUGACCAUCAACAUCAAUGACAUAAAUGACAACAUUGCCGCCUUCAAGAAAGGAAAAUACCAUUUUAAUGUAAAAGAAGACAGCGAAAUCGGAUUUAAAAUUGGGAUAUUAGAGGUGGAGGACAAAGACGAGAUACAAAACAAAGAUCCUACUUUUAAUAUACAACAUUAUGCUGAAAUGUUUGAAAUCAAACGAAGUAAUGAGAAAGAUGGAAUUCUUAGCCUUAAAGUGCCUCUUGACUACGAAAAAGUAAAGUCGUACACUUUUAGUGUAAACGUGGACGAGCACACAGUGUCUGCAAAAACAGAUAACCAAGGACCAAACCUGCAGAAGAGAGCAGAAGUUUCCAUCAAUGUAAUUGAUGUUGACGAACCACCUGUUUUCAGCCAAACUGAAUAUAUGUUCAGCAUCUACGAGGGCCCCUUCAAGAACCCCCGCAUUGGAGCUGUUUCAGCAAGGGAUCCAGAUAGUAUCGGUUACAAAAUACGGUACUCUAUUGAAGACCCAAACUGCCCUGUAGCUGUGGAUCCUGUACAAGGACAUCUGUCUUUGAAGUGGCAACUGGACAGGGAGCAAGAAUCCUUACACACAUUCCAGGUUACAGCACAUGAGGAUAAACCAAAUGGCCUAAAGUCCUAUGCAAUGGUUAAACUAAAGGUUCUUGACAUUAACGACAAUGAACCAGAACUAAUUAAUGGGACCUACGUGUAUGUUUGUGAGACUGAUACACCUGGAACAGUCAUUGGGACUAUUGGUGCCUACGACAAGGAUGAAAAUUCAGGCAGGUUCCGCUUCGCCCUGGCAAAAAAGAGCUCAAACUUUUCCCUUCAAGAUAACCAAGACAACACUUCGAGCAUUAUACUGAGGCAAGGAGGUUUCAGUACAGAGCACUCAGUGGAACAUGUGCUCGAAAUCCAAAUCACUGAUGGAGGCACACCAGAAAUGAAGAGCAUUAACCUACUCCCGAUUAAAGUGUGCAAAUGUCAACCGGAACGACGGAUGGAGUACUGUAUGGCCUACGCCCAGACCGGAAUGAGCGUCAGCGCCCUCUUAGCCAUUCUUCUCUGCAUCGUCACCAUCCUGGUCAUCGUCAUCCUCAUUGUGUUGCGGAGGCGCUAUCAGAAUGACGUUUUAGUCACCAAGUCGUCUGGCGAGAUCCACGAGCAGCUGGUGAGUUAUGACGAAGAAGGCGGUGGAGAGAUGGACACAAAUGGUUAUGACGUCUCCAUCCUGACCUCCGCCUGUCACGAUAGUAGCUUUCGGCCUGGCGUGGGGCCUUCGAUUUAUGCUAUAGUGAAGAAACCUCCUGCUUGUAAGGGUGACAUGGCCAUGAUGAUCGAGGUGAAGAAGGAUGAGGCAGACCAUGACCGUGAUGGGAUUCCCUACGAUACUUUACACAUCUAUGGUUAUGAGGGAUCUGAAUCCCUGGCCGGUUCCCUCAGCUCUUUGGACUCGUCCUCCAGUGGAUCCAAUUUGGACUACGACUUCUUAAAUGAGUGGGGACCUCGUUUCAGGACCCUGGCUCAGCUCUAUGGAGUAGACGGCUCUGAUACCGAUAGCUCCUAUUGAUCCUAUAUUGAAGCCCAUUGUCAUCAGGUGACCGUCCCAGGAAGACACAUGGAGACUGCUGUCUUCUCUUCAAGGGAAUUUUUGUAAGGGUCCCUUUAAGAUCGUGAUUAAGAAGUGCCAAUACUUGUUUCCUUCAAGCAUUGUUAUGAAAUUAUGAUGAGCACCACUACUGUAUUUGUAAUUUUCAUAGAAUAAGUGUGUGUUGGUAGAAUAACUUGCCUUGGUAUUUUAGACUGGUUUUUGUCUUGGUGGAAUUUUAUAAAACAGUAUUGGACACUGGUUGGACAAACUCACUUUUAGGCUGUAUUAUCUUUAUAGCAGAGUUGAAUUUGUUUUAACACAAUAUACGAGUACUUCCUUGUUCACUAUUUUGUGGAGGAUUUGUUUUUUCCUCCUAAUUGCCUAUUGUAUUACUCAAUCCAAUCUCAUGGAAAAGCGUAACCAUUUUUUUUACUUUUUGGCAAAUUGAUAAAGAAUUUAUAUGAAUUCGUAUGAUAAGAUUUGUGUGAAAACAUUACCCACCCCUAAACCUAACUGUCAGGGAGUAGUAAAUAGACAAAUUAAUACAAAUUUGCAUCCAAUUUACCAAAACGUGAAAGUUACUAGUCGCAAUGUUUCUGUAAAACCCUCAUUUUGUGAUUAUCUUUUUUUUUUUCUAUGUAUACAAAUGUUUUCUGGACUCAUAGUCAGAGUAAUUGGUAAGCCAGCAUUGUUCAGCAGACUCUUCUCAUCAGGAAAACUACUGUAUUGCCGUGGGAGCAACAGAGGAAGUGGUGAUAACAGUACUUUGAAAGAAUUAAAGGCUACUCCAAGUUUAUUUGACAGGAAUCAUCAGCACAUCGAUUGUUAUGUAUAAACCCCAAAUCUCAAAGGUCAACCAUAAUAAGGCAAUUGCAGACGUCUCAGGAAAUGUGUAGUGAGUUGUAUGCCUGUUGAAAUGCGAGAAUUGGUUUCAAUAACUGUACUACAAUGUGAAUCAUAAGUGUGGCUAUUUAACAGCAUCAAACGAGAAUAAUGUAAGGCUGAAAUUGCUAAAUGUUAAUUUGAUGAUUGUUAAACCAAAACAUGUUGCAAGCCAGCCAGUGUCUUGACAAUAUUGUUCAUCCUUCAUUCAAGACUAAAUAGACAAAAGGAUCUCCUUCCAUUAGAAAAAAAAAAAAUGUAAACUGUCUUUAAACAAUUUACCUCUGUGCACAAACCUAUUUCCCCCUUUAACCACGGGCACAAUAUGUGGAAGCCACCUUCUCCCUUUCCUGUAGGGAAUUACACGCCAAGAACUGUUCUACCGUCUUGUUUAAAAUGACCAGCUUCAUCACUAAAAUGUCAACUUCCUGUCUGUGUGAGCACAAGGAAACACACUUCCUGUUCCCUUAUCUUUCAAGUGUAGGAACAGAUUGAAAACUUUUUUCCUGUUUUCUUGUCUUGGAAGGAUAAAGAAAGAAAACUUUGGAGAGGAGGGAAAUGCUAAAGAACAACAUAAAUCACACUGUCUUGGUCAUAAAGCAUUGUCCUUCAAGACAAAAGGUGCUGCUCUUGAAUGUUUUUUUUUUUUUUUUUUUUUUUUUUUUUCACCAUACUAUUUAAUUUGACUGUACAUCUGUUUUCAUCAUUUUCUUAAAUUAUUUUAGGGGAAUAUCUUAUUGUUCUAAAUGUAUCUUUAUAAUUCUGGUUGUAGAAUUAGAUGUUCAAUCAAUAUACUGUAUAACUGUUGGGCAAAUACUAUUACUUAAGUGAAAAUCAUAAACUGCUCAUUCUCAUAAAGGAAAUGAUGUUUGGUAUUUCUCAAGUAAAACAAUGUACAGAAAAAAAAACUGGAACUGUUUCACUGAAAUAAGUUGGGGCCUUCAGUAGACUGUAUAUGUGAUUGUUCCUUAUGUAUGCUUUGAAUUAGCGCUUCUUGACAUAAUGGCCUGUUUAAAAGUGUAUAGUAAUGUAUGAACAUUGUUCUAAACAAACAGAUUUGAUGAGAAGGAGGCCCAGUAGAUGUCAGUGUUGAGCAGUCAGACUAAACAUUUCAGCGUGUGGUUCUUUUGUAUGUGUCAGAGGGUCAAAAAUAUGUGCCUUUUUUGUAUUAUUUCUAUUGUUAAAAUAUAAUUUUUUUGU